CUUGUGGUCGAGCAGAAUGUAGGCAUGCGCAAGAAUGGAUGGUCACGUCACAGGCAGUGUCACGAGGUUCCUGUGCAACCUCAAAACUGUACCCCCAGCAGAUGCAAAGCAAUGUGAUUAAACUUGAACCAGAGAUUUAAAGCAGAAUGACAUCCCAUUCUUCACCCUUGUCCCAUGAGCGGAGCAGACCUGAGGAGGAAAAUGAUCUGGUAGAUCAGUUGAUCUCUAGGUCAGGCUGUUCUACACUACAUUAUGCAAUUCAGGAGUGCAUGGCAGAGCAUAAAGACUGGAGGAAAUGCAAGACACAGGUUCAGGAGUUUAAAGACUGCAUGAUGCCUUUCCAGAAAACUCGGAUGGAGCAGCUGGUAAAAUGUAAAGAUCCAGCCACAGAGAAUGUUGGAUGAAAAGGUCCCUUUUAAACCCACAUCUAUAAAAGAAGACAAUGUUUUGUGAUUUUGGGUUGAUUUUUUCACAAAUAAAAUUACACCGGAACACAGAGUGAAUGUAAUAAAAUGGAAUGUCACCAAA